GCUGUGCGUCGAGGAUCAUCGCGGUUGUCGACGUUGCGGGACUAACUUGUGGUUUCCACUAGAAAAGGGUCUCCUACACACGCAUACGCGAAUAUGUCAUUGCGCUUUAUGGCUGUACAUCGUUUUUCACCGUAAAUAGUCAAGAUGGAGUUUGAACGUGCACCAGGGCGGCAAGCACCUCGCAUACCACCGUCAACGGCUGCUGCCCCCUCUCUUUCCAAUCGAGUUUCUUCGUCUUCCGGUGCUUCUACGGUUCAACAUAUCACCGGCCCCAUAGUGGACGGUGCUUACGUGGAAGAAGGUAUGCGGACAACGCAGCUUCGCGAUUCCUCGAUUGUAGUGGAAGAACAACUUCGGCAGCGGUGGGGCACACUGACACAGCGUGAGGAACAGCUCAAAGCAGCGGAGCGGUCCUUCGCCCAAUCCGUGGCGGCGUGGGAGACGCAGCGACGUCUGUGGGAGGUGGACCUUGCAGAGAGGUUGGCAGCUGUAGAGGCGCGUGAGGCGCACCUUGGCAGCGCAUGAUCAAACACAGAUCUUUGAUGAGCUGCUAAAAAGAGAAAAAACCUCUAUCACGGUUCAUUCUACUCGCGGAAUAGUGGGAACCGUCGAUGAGACAACGGUGAUAAGAAGUCCGGCUUGGCCACGUCGCGAGUGUAUGGAGGUACUACUGCUGUUGCUUUCCACUCGUUGCUGUACCCCUAUAGUUCUUCUGCUCUUCCACAGGUGGAAGUGUUGUACUGUUAGGGAGGGUCUCGAUGAGGAAAAGCUGGCGCCUUUUGUAUUCCCUCGAAUGCCUUCUUUUUUUUUUGUAGGUGUCGUCGUAAGCCAAUAGGGCUUCUUGUUGUCUUCUUUGGUUUUGGAUUUUGCUCGUGCUUUGGUGUUGUCCCUGCUACCGUGCCGUGGCCGCUAUGCAAACUCGAUAUAACGAUUCUUCUUCUUCUACGCACAACACCACAAGUUCGGCGAAGGCGUUCGAAGUAACCUUCAUGCAACGCGCCGGGUUGGUGCCCAAAGCAGCUGUGCUGCUUUUCCUCAACGUUCGUAAACAAACAAACGAAAAAGUGCGUCUUUUUUUUGACGUCUCCCACCACCCUCUCCUUGCGCCUCGCUUUCUCUUCCUGUUGCCGUCGCCUCCGCUUCCCACUACACGUAUCUUCUGUGGCACCGCCACGGAAUGCUUCUGCGUUUCUUUUUUAUUUUUCUACGUUGAUCAGACAUUCAGAUUGCAGCCAAUUGCCUUCUCAGCCCCCUCUUUGUGCUUCCCUCUUCUUCACACACGAAGCCUCCUUAAGGAGGGCUGCUGGUCCAGGAGGCAGUGCUGCACGACCGCAGACUAACGACACCCAAAUAGAACGAAUAAUACAACGAAUGCACGUGAGACGGAAAAGUAUGAAAGUUGCGUGUGUGAGAGGUGCGAAGAGCAGCAAAGGUGGUUGAUCGUCUACGCGCCGCAGCCUUUUUCUCUUCCGUUUUCUGUUGGUGCGUAUGGAGCUGCGCAUGAGUCGCGGUAGAAAUCUCCGUUUCUUGGUGGAUCGUGCGGUGUGCUCGCUUCGCUUUUACGAUGCAGCGGCUGCGAGUACGACGAUUGAUGCCUUGGGACAGCUGAGCGUCUGCGGGCUUCACGCGCCGGAGCUGCUGCGCGAGUUAGCGCCGUCUCUCCCGUACUACACACCCACCCAGCUCACGACGCUCAUGCAGGGUCUUUCGCUGCUGCGCGUGUCGCAUCACAUGAUGACGGCCUAUGUGCUCAAGCUCUUUCUUACCUCCCUGAAACAGAAGAGCCACAUGCAAGUUGGUGAUGUGCAAACACACGUGCCGUCGUCGGCGUUGUAUCAGAGCGAGGUGGCGGCGAUGGCUGCCAUGACACGUGUGCUUCAGCAGUACCACACGCAGCGGACCAUUCGCGCCUUUUUGGCAGCGGCAGACCGGGCAUUGCGGACAGGAAGAGGAUUGGCGUCUGAUGAGCGUGCCGACGUGAGGGCAGCCUCUGCGAAGCUGAAAAACGGAGUUCGUGGGGACCUGAAUUGCGUGCGGCUGCCACCUCACUCCGCUUCCUCUACCUUGUGUAGUCCUCACGAUCGCGAGACAGCCCUGCAGCUCCUCUACCUUCUCGAGGUGUUUAUCAACGCGGGCGUGUGCGUGGCGGCGCCGCACACCCCGCAUUGGCUGCGGCGCAUGCUGGUGCACGUCCCGCCGAGUUGCUUUACGCUGCGUGAGCUUCUGCACGUGCACACUCGAUUGUUUUCAACGGACGGUGGCCAUACGGCGUCUGCACAGGACAAGGCUGGCGGCAACCUUCGCUGCCUUCACCGAACACAGUGUAUUCACAUUGCCAGCGCCGUCGUGCGUUCCAAACGGGAGGCGGCGACGUUCGCGCAGCACUGCGAAGCACAGAUGAAUGAUGCCCCGUACGUACAGCACCUUUCUUGCGAGGACCAGCGGUUUAUGGAGAGCUUCUACGUCCAGCUUUCUGAGACGGAGCGAUACGCCGUGCUGCGGUGCGCUGUGCAUUGUAAACUGGGUGGGAAGGAAGAGCGUGUUCACGGUGAUGCUGCAACGCAACUGCAGUCCGUUGCCGGUGCGUCAGAGUAUGCCUUCGCGGCGACGUGGCACGCCUUCUGCACCGCCGACGCCUUUUAUCGUCUGACACGUGAUUUAUGCGGAGAACCCUGCACGCAGUCGUGGCGUUGGUGGUUGAGGCUGCUGGAGGGUCACAUGACGUGUCAAGGCGCGGCGUCCGCCGUGUCAGUGAGAGGGUGUUCCGCACCGACUGCCACGCAGGACGCGGUGUUGCUGUCCAUUGCACUUGUACAGCUACUGCACGCCCAAUACACGCAAGACCUGACCGUUGGCGGCAGCUUUGAUGCCCCCUGCUCGCUGCCGCGUUCAACACCACUGGAGGCAACCACUCGUUUCGGGACACCGGCCGCUGACUCGGUUCACGCUGCGGUGCGGCUGCUGUGCAACCUUCUUCCCCUGUGCUGCGCCGCUACUUCUCCCUGUCCUCCUUCGCUGUCUUCUCAAGCGGUGGAGGCGGCAACGUGGGAGCUGUUGUCUCUUCUUUUGGCAGUCGGCGCCGCAUCGCACGAAGAGGGGGAGGACCUCUCUUUUCGAAAUUGGUUAAAAAGGCGGCAGCAACAGUGUUCGCAGUACGCUGACCAUGACGGUCCAACAGAAACGCUGCCGCUGUGGGAUCGCUUCAGCCAAGUGCACACCAGUACACUUUCCUGUCUCAUGCUGUGGUGGUUCCAGUACUGGAGACACGAUGAAGGCAUCCCGUCAAAUAGCGGCCGCCUCACCAGUCGGUGCCCUCUCCAUUCCGCUGAGAAGCUGUUCUACCUGCAUUGGCGCAUUGCAGAGCGCGCAGACCAUGAUCUCUGUCGAGCGAGCUGUGGCGGUGAGGGAAGAGAAGGAAGCAUUUGUCCUCCUUUAUGGGACUCAGACGAAGACUCCCUUCGGCUGGUGUGGCAGGCGUUGAUUUCGGCCACGGUGGCGAGUCUUUCACAUGUGCAUUCGCUCUAUCAGAGAGGCCACGAACAAGGCGGUGACUCCGACGCUCGCGCUUCGUCCUACCCCUCCAGUUGCGUGAUCGACCUCCUCUGUGUGCUUUCAGAAGGCAUGCGACGGAGACAGGCUUCCACGAAGCGUUUCACAUCUUCGCUGCUCGACGUGAUGUGCCAAUCGUCGCUGCCCGGUGUGUGUUGCGACGUUGUGGAGCUCCUCACGACUGACGUAAACAUGGGUAGCUCGCAGGUGCACGGUGUCGCACCACGUCCCCGUCUCCAUGUAUUCAAAAGGAUGCAGCUAGAGCUGAAUCCAGUUCAGCAGUGGCGUCGGUGUGAGUGGUGGGGGCCCACCACGACACGUGACGGCUCAUCGCCUGAUAUGAUGAACGUGCUGCAGCAGCUUCUCCGCGGUGCGUUUUGCGGAGACCCCACACCCACUUUUGCGGGUACUGGCAGUGACCACACAUCCACGUGCCGCGUGUGGCGGUGGCUGUAUCGUCUUCUACUCGUGUAUCUUCAGCAGCACUCGACGUGCCUUUCCGGUCAUCGUCUCUUGGGUUCUUCCGCUGCGAGAGCAUGCGACCAGGCGGAGGAGAGGAUUUGCCCAGCGGUGUACCAAGCGUGUCUCAGCUCUCUGUCGCUUCAGUCGGUGGACGGCGUAGAACGCACCUCACACUGCGGCUCUGCCUUCCAGCUGACCCACCCGACCUCCCUUGCACCCACGUUCCCCGUUUUUGCAGCGCCCGUUCAGUCGGGCUCGUUCUCGCAUUAUGCGCAAUUGGCGAGCACGAUGAUGUGCAACAUCGAGAGCUUCUGGAGCUGGAGCGACGACGUGUUCAUGAACGACACAUUGCGUGAUCUGUGCAACGGGCCCGCACCGCCAACCCUUUCCUCCUCCGACGUCUCCUCCGCGGGAGCAUGGCUAUGGCGGCAGAGGCGUUGGUACCGUGAUGAUCGCAUCAUCCACCUUGCUGGAGUAAGUAGAAAAACCCAACAGGCGGCAACUACGGGUGACGAUGCCGCGCGGCUAGCGGGCGGUGUGAGGGUGGGUUUCGAGGACGGCGCUGCCCGUGCAGAACGAGUUGGGUCUGGCGACGGCGCCGUGGAGGACGGCCAACCAUGGCGAGAUCAAGAGCUACUCGUUGAGCUUGUUGGACACGUGAGGAUGACCACUGGAGCAGCUUUACUACUCAACGGCUGUGACAAAUGGGGAAGCCCUUCUGAUUUAACAGACGCAGUUUUGCCGGAAAGCAACUGUGCGUGUGAGGCUUUUCCGCGCACUGCGUCUCCACUUCUCCGCCAUACGUUUAUGGACGGCGUGCUGGCGCAGCUUCAAGCCUUCUUUUGGACGUAUUGCCGGGACGUGUUGAUCGUGUGCUCUUCGCAGAUCAGAGAAGCAACACCAGGCAUUAGCUGCAUCGCGUGGGUGCGCAAUGCAGAGUUAGCAGUGCUGCAUGGUGUCCUCGAAUGGAGGCAAGCGGAGCGGAAGUAUCCUUUUCGUCGUGGACUCGUGGAGGGCGGUGACGGCGCUGCUUUCUCUUCUCUCAGUGACAACCGCGAACGCCUAUCCACCGAUGCAGAACACCGAGCGUGCUUGAUGCUGCUGCCUCUACUGUGGCAUGCACUUCACGCGCCUCACGGAACACGUACAGGACAGAGUAGCGAUGCCGACGAUUUGCCUGCUGACCUCAAAAGUGCUGCGGUGCGGAGAGCCGUGCUGGACGUGUGGCGCCUGCGAGUCUUCGCAGACGAGUGGUGUCGCCACCUCCCUCUCACUGGCGCGCACGCGCCUGCUCACACGCGUCUUAUGACGUGUCUGCGGGCAUCUCUUUCCUCCCCCAGAGACGGCCAUAACGAAGCGGCUGACUCGGUGUUACGGCGAGCGGUGGCGGAGUUGGAGGCGACGGUGAAAGGCCACGACUGGCUGGACAACACGGCGUCUCCAGCGAGUCGCCCUUUCCACUUUUUAAUCGAUAUGCUGGACAGUAUUUGCCGAAUGGCACCACAGAAAGAACCUCCCAAGUGUACAUUCGCAUCUGCCGAGGAGAACGGUCAGCUUGGCUCAGAAAGGUACGGGACGACAGCGGGGAGCGUCCCCCACUCAUUGGACGGCCUGUCCCCCAUGGAGAUGUACCUGAAAUGCAUCCUUCCGCUCCACCCUUUCCUCAGCAGCUCGUGUGGUUUUCUGGGAGAGGUGCGCCGUGUGUCAGAGCGGCGACUGGUGGUGGUCACGUGGGUGCACGUACUGGUUGUGCAGAGCCUUUCCACGCAGCACCCUCGACUCUACGCAGGAAGCUGUGAAUUGACUUCCACGGAGGGCGGUGACCACAACGGAAGUGAGUCGUCCUGCGCCGCUUGUGUGCACGAUUCACUGGCGACACUCGCUGCUUUAGAGCAGAAGCUUCUGAGCGUGGGCGUGGGCGUGGGUAUGUCAGCGUCAGCCUGCCGCGAGCCUGUUGACAAGCGGUGCUGCCUUUUGUGCUUAUGUUUGGUGCGUGAGCUGCAGGCGGCUUUAACCGCGCUGCGCAUCUUAGUUUCAGACCCUCCAGAACACCAUCCGUCACGGUUGAAUGCGGCUCCUCUGUGUAAAAAAAACUUUAAUGCGGUUCAAUAG